UUUCUAACUUCUUAAAUUAUUUAAUUUUCGUUUAUAACGAGCGUUUUUUCUUCUUGUGUUAAGAGAGUUUUUCUGGGACGUGUUUCGUGCCAUUUCUACGAAAAGUCAUAUAAAAAACCAAGGACAGAUAAUGACAGAUUUGAAAGUAGAGAAUUUAAGAAAAGGGGCGGAGCCGGUAAAUAACGCAGCAAUUAUUGAUAUGAUUCAAACCAACAUAUUUGAAGAUAUUGGAUGUGGUCCACUAUGUCGAGUAAAUCCUCUCACGGACAGGGGGAAGAGAUUUCAGCUAAUAAAGAUCCUGUGUCUCACUGUUAUCCCCAUCAUGGGGGUGUGGGGGUUCACGAUGUACUCUUUGUCAGACAGUGUCAAGAGCAAAUCUGAUAUUGAAGUCGCUAAAAGAUCAAUGACAGUUGUCGUGAUGUUGGGUCGUCUGAUACAUCGUCUGCAACGUGAACGUGACAUGAGCGUUCUGUAUCUAAGUGACCUUGGACCGGGUACCAAAACCUUCCUGUUGGCUGAGUACAUCGCCACUGAUGACGCUCUACAGAGACUUUCAAUAUGGCCAGGUGAAUUAAAAGUAAGCCCACGUGAAGAAUUCCGCAGUAAAGCUAACUUAAUGACCUACAUUUCUCAACAUAGAAACUCCCUCAACCCAGCAACAGUAGAUCUAUAUGUUGAAAUCAACUUUUAUAGUUCGAUCACAAGAGAGUUUUUAGAGUGGCUGGUGGAGAAUAUAAAGGGUUCGGGUUUCGGGUCAACCUGGAAGACGCUGGUGGCAUAUCAGAAGAUAACCAGAUGUAAAGAGAACAUAGGCGUGGAACGAGCAUAUGGAGCCAUGUUUUAUGCUUACGGUGGAUUUCCCAGUUGGAGUGAUUUCGAAUUUUACAAUGAGCAGAUACAUGACUUCAAAUACAAUUAUAAGACGGCAGUCUUCUACUCGGCAUUGGUCGUGCCACUACAUACCGAGGAGGUGAAAGAAAUCAAAUCAUCCGGUCUGAAUAUCACAUCUAUAAUGAACACUUAUAGAUAUGAAAUUCAGUAUCAUGACCCCCAGAAAAAUUAUACUUCAAACGAGAAGGCUAAAUGGUUUUUUGAUAACAUGACGGAGUAUUUGGACUCACUUUUGCUGAUCCAAGAAGAGGUGGCCCAUAGAAUAUCGGAGGAGGUCGACAUUGUCCUGGCGCAGGUGGUUUUUAAGGUUGUAGUGUAUGCUGUACUGGUGGUGGUAGUCAUAGGCAUGUGUCCAAUCAUCAUGUUUUCUUCCGAGGCACUGGCCAGCGAUAUCCAGAAAUAUACACAGACCUUGGUUCAUAAAACAACGGAGCUUAACAUUGAGAAACAUAAAGCCGAUACACUUAUAUUCCAGAUGGUACCAAAGUCUAUAGCAAAGAAACUAAGAAGCCAAUGUUCGUAUGUCGAAUCCGACUACUUUAAAAGUGCGUCGAUUCUGUUUGCGGAUAUCUUCGGUUUUAACCAAAUCUCAAUGAAACUUUCACCCAUCGAGCUUGUAACCUUCUUGCACACGUUGUACCUGGCGUUAGACGAGAGAAUAGACAACUAUGAUGUUUAUAAAGUGGAGACAAUAAAUGACUGUUACAUGGUAGCGUCAGGUAUUCCUAUUAGAAAUGGCGAGAAUCAUGUGGCGGAAACAGCGACCUUGGCACUUGACCUCCUACACGUCAUGAAUCACAUGACCUUUCCGUUCAAUAUAAAUAGAAAUGUCAAUAUCAGGAUUGGAAUUCAUACGGGUGCUUGUAUGGCAGGGAUUGUCGGAACAAUGAUGUUGAAGUAUUGUUUAUUCGGACCUACUGUAUAUAUUGCAAGUAGAAUGAAAUCUAGUGGACUCCCAAAUAAAAUUCACGUAAGCGACCAAAUGUUUAGUAGCCUGAUGAAAUGCGGAAAGUUCAAAAUGAGGAUACGUGGUACUAUUGAAGUUUCGCCAACUAUAAAGAUGACGACGUACUGGGUUUUAGACAAGAACGAAUUUGACAGUGGAAAUUUAGAUCCUACAGAACGAAGCUCUAUUGACGAGAAUAUAACAGGAAAUCAACGUAUGUCGUCUUACUUUGAGCGAAAAAGAAAUUCCGUGCAGAGCAUUGCUUCAGAAUCCAGCGAUGAUAACAAAGGUUUGCCUCCCUCCCUUUUGAAAAUGCCGGCUAAUGAAUGGAAAGAAGAAGAAAUAUUUGAAAAAUGCUGAACAUUUUAGACAGAGGUUUCUGGUUCUAUUUAUAUAAAAAUCUUGAAAAUGGGUGAUCUUUCGGUAGCGAUGAAAACAACAAAAUUACAUGAAAAUUGAGGACUUUGUUUGAUUGAAUCUAUUCACGAGGGAUAAAAAUGAAAUAUUGCAAAAUCACUCACACUCAGAAUUUUAGCGGUAUUAGACUUAUUUUCAACAUGUUAAGUUCUGUUACCAAAAAUCUUGGAACUAGAAAAAUAUGAAGCUAAAUGGCAUAGUAAAAGGACAAAACUUAAAAAACUAAGAAAAAUUGAGGCCAAGGUCAUAUUCAAUUCAGAUAUAGUACUUAUUAUCUAUUAAA